AUGGAUCAAGAAAAUCGAAUAGUAGUUUUGAUUGAUAUGGAUUGUUUUUACUGCCAAGUGGAAGAAAAAUUGGACCCUGUAUUGAAAGGGAAGCCUAUAGCAGUUGUACAGUAUAAUCCUUGGAAAGGCGGCGGGAUUAUUGCAGUUAACUAUGUUGCAAGAGCAAUGGGGGUGACGCGACACAUGAGAGGGGAUGAAGCCAAGGAGAAAUGCCCUGAGAUUCAGUUGCCUUCCGUACCGUGUCUGAGAGGCAAAGCUGACAUUACCAAAUAUCGAGAUGCUGGGAAAGAAGUAGCAAAAGUUCUGCAAAGAUUUACACCAUUGUUAGAAAGGGCAUCUAUAGAUGAAGCCUACUUGGACAUAACAAUUCCUGUACAACAAAGAUUAAAAACAUUGAAUGUGAACACAAUAACAAUAGACGUGUUGCCGAACACAUUUGCGCUGGGCUAUAACUCUAUAGAUGAAUUUGUGGCCGAUGUGCAGAAUGAUGGCAGUGACAACAUAGACUUUGAAUAUGAGCAUGCGCGGCAGCUGCUCGUAGGGGCUGUUCUUGUCAGCGAGAUGCGAGCUGCUGUCUAUAAUGAAACUGGGUACCAAUGUUCGGCUGGUAUCGCGCACAACAAAAUCCUUGCGAAGCUGGUGUGUGGCAUGAACAAACCAAACAAACAAACUCUCCUUCCUAAGCACUGCGUUAAUGUUCUCUACCAAUCAUUGUCAGUUAAGAAAGUGAAACACUUAGGAGGUAAAUUUGGCGACAGUGUGUGCGAAACGUUAAAAAUAAGUAAAAUGGGCGAAUUGCAAAAGUUUACAGAAAAAGAACUCCAAACGAAAUUUGAUGAAAAAAAUGGUACCUGGUUAUAUAACAUAGCUCGAGGAAUCGACUUGGAACCAGUGCAAGCAAGAUUCAAUCCUAAGAGCAUUGGCUGUUGCAAGCAGUUUCGAGGGAAAACUGCUCUUGUAGACUUGGAAAGCUUGAAGAAGUGGCUCAAAGACCUCGGAGAUGAGAUUGAAGAAAGGCUGGAGAAUGAUGCCUUAGAGAAUAAUAGGACUCCGAGGCAGAUGGUAGUGAGUUUCUCAACGCAGCAACCCAACGGACGUGACGUCAGCAGCUCUAGAUCUUAUAACUUUACAUCUGAGGAUGACCUGUGCGGAGAAUUGUUCUCAAAGAAAGCUUUAGAAAUGCUUUUGGACAGUGCAGAAGGCGUUAAGCCUAAAGAGGGAGAAGGAAACAGACAUUUAAGAGCACCUAUAAAAUUUUUGGGUAUCAGUGUAGGAAAAUUUGAAGAACACUCUGAAAAUAAGAAAACAAGGAAAAUUAAUGAUUAUUUUUUUGGUGCUUCAUGUUCAAGAGACGUCUCGAGUGAUAAAGUCAUAACUAAAAGUAUUAAAAAUAAUGAUAAAACUGAAGAUAAGAACGAAGGCAAAGCUCACUUAUUCCGGAAAUUCUUUCAAAGUGACAUACCUGAUAAAUUACAGUCACGCGAAGUGAAUGAAAAAGCGGAAACAAGACUAAAUGGCGAAAAUAUGUUAGAAUCCUCUUUGGAUAAGCAAGAGUCUUUUUUUGCUAAGUUCCUUAAAUCCGAAAUUGGCAAAAAUGCUUCGGACACUCAGUCUGAACCUGUAAAAAUUAAAGAAGAAUCAAAACGUCCCACAACACCUGAUUGUAAUAUUGUAAAUAUAGGAGAAGCCAGUAACGAUACAGAAUAUUCAGGCUCUACGAUAGAUAUGGAAAUAAAUAAAAGCAUUUCCUUAUUCGAAGAGGACCCAGUGGAUAUAGACCGUGUCGGUAAUAUGAGACAACUGCUUAAUAAAUCCAAGUUGUUGGAAGAAGAUUUGGAAGAAACUGAGCGGGAAGAACUGCAAGUCGAGUCUAAAAUUCUCGAUGUUCAAGAAAACGUACAAGUCCAAGUAUCAGGAACGUUUAAAUGCCCUGAAUGUGGUAAAACAGUAAGCGUUAACAUGUUUGACACACACGCUGAUUAUCAUUUCGCUUUAAAGUUGAGAGAAGAAGAAAGAGAAAUAAGACUGAAAGAAGUUGUAGACAAGAACAAAGAUAAAGAGAUGAAUGGUAAUCAAGAACCAAAACCGUCGAAGACCAGACAAGAAGAAGCAGUAGCAAAAAAUGAUGGUGCAUCUAUAGCUAAUUAUUUUAUGAAAAUCGAUGGAUCUGUUCCAACUGAAACAUGCUCUGAAUGUGGAAAAAGAGUUCCGCUGGAAAAGUUUGGUGAACAUUUAGAUUUCCACGAAGCUCAGAAGCUGAGUAGAGAAUUGAAUAACCGCCCCAUUCAUGGGAAUAGUGUAAAGAGAAAAAGAAAAUCGGCAUCUCCAGUGAAAAAGUCUAAAGUGCCAUGUAAAUCCAUAGAUCUCUUUUUCAGGUAG